CUCUGCCGUCCUGCCCGAACAGAGCGCUGUUGAUGCGCCGCAUCGGCAAAUACGGAAUUGCCAAUCUCCCACGGCGCUUCUGUCACUUGCGCAAUCGACUGAUCUGCUCAUCGUCCUCGCGGCAGAUGAGGGUGCAGCUGUCAUUGCAGUGCCCUCACAAUGGCCCGAUCAGGGCAAGCGAUGAGUCAAGAUCUGCCCCAGAUGCAGCACAGCCUUCGGCACGCUCCUCCGUGACGCUCCGCUACUCCGGCGAGGAGAACGAUGAGUCGAGUGCAGCAGCAGCUGCAACAGGAGGGCUUUUGCCGGAUGCUAAUGGUGGUGUUUGUGAUGGUGUGAGGGGCACGCUGGGCAGUGCGGAUCACGAGCGGCUGCAGAUGGUCUAUGAGGACAUCUUGGCAAGGCCAUGGGCGCAUCCCACUCAUGUACAGAGGCUGCACGCCGCCGGUAGGUAAUGAACGCAGGCAGACACAAACACACAAAAACCAUGCAAACGGUACUGUGUCACUGUUUCUCUCCUUUCAUCCUUGGUUGUUCCUUGCAGCCACGCGCCUUCGGGCGGAGCGACAGAGAUGCGUAGAUCAGUCAGCUCUUGAUGCAGGCAAGAUGGGUGUCAUGUUUGCCCAUGGUGUCGUGUACGCCCUGCUGUCAUCAAACUCGCCCCACUGUGUCAUCAUUGCCUCUCGGUAGGGACGCACAUGCAUGUGGCCAUGAUUCUGGAACCACCCGUUGCCGGCGGUAUGUGGUGCUGCAUGCAGGGUGCCAGCUGGUUUGGACUUCAUGGAGCGGUGGAUGGUGUCCCGGCAAUUCAACACACGGGAGCCGUACAAAUGGAUGCACGAGUGAGCCAGUGACUGAACAAUGACAAGACAGCAAAGACACCCACAUUCAUGCGCUGACUGUCUUCUUCAUCUCGUGUGCAGGUCAGGUUUUGAGAAUCUGUAUGUGUAUCUGCUAGAGAAGCUGCCUGGGCCAGGUCGGUUCUUCGGCGACAGCGCGGCCCGCAGGCGACGGCACUGGGAGAGGGUGGCGCGCACUGUCGAUGACGACAGUCCGUUGUGUUUCGAUGACGGUACCAGGGACGGCGCUUAUGGGGGGGCGAAGCUGCUGGUGCCGGCUGGUGGGACGUGAGGGAUGGGUGAGUGAGUCGGCUGGUUUGUUUGUUUGGUGGGCGUUGAUGCUUUUCAUGCCCUGAGAAGACAAUGCUGAUAGCACGUUGAUCCGGAUGAAUGAAAUUCUGAGU